GCUCGUGUUCCCCGCCAUCAACAAGGGCACGUGGACAGCAGCUCUCCCUCGCCGCCUUCCCCUGCCAUUCCUCCUCCCUGCUCCCCUUCUACGCAUGCUGCAGGGCCUUGGCUCGGCGUAGAGGAAGCACACCAGCACACCCACACACAGGUCACUAGUGCAGAAUGGCCAAGAGUCUGAGGAGCAAGUGGAUAAGGAAGUGUAAGAAGGAGAAGAGGGUGCGCUAUGGCAAGAAGGAGCUGGCGUCGCUGGUGUCUCUGGUGGAGAAGGCAAGCAAGAAUGACGUGGUGGUGAGGGAUGCAGCAGAAAUUGUGAGGGAAAAAGAAGUGAGGGAAACAACCCAGCCAUCAGCAGCUUCAGGAGGGGAGGAUGGCAUGGAAGUCACCACCACCACCACCACCACAGGAGAGGGCAAAGUCUCCUCCGUGAAGGCUAUCAUCAAUAAGACAGGCACAGCACCCAAGUGGCUACACCCGAGGAAGUUGAAGAAGAACAAGAUCAUCAAGAAGAAGAAUGCUAAAGCCGGCAAACAGAAGUAUAAAUUCAAGGGAUAAUGUGCGCGUGUGGGGAUGAGCAAGAGUUUUUUUGUUUUUUGUUUAAUGGAUGGUUUGUAGGUGAAUGUGUGGUGUAGGUUAUAAUAAUGUUGUAUGUCUUCAAUAAAUGAAUAUAUGUGGUGAUAUGUUA